AUGGUCCGCAUCGCUGCCGCCGCCGUCCUGGCUUUUGCCGUCUCUGCCAUGGCCCUCUCGGGCGAUGCUGCCGCCGCCCUGAGCCCGCGCGACGACGCCCCGGCCGGCGGCGAGACCCGCAAGGAGUCCACCCCGGAGGACAUCCGGAAGUGGAUGGAAACCAUCGCCGAGGCCGCCGAGGAACUGCGCAAGAUGGCCCUGGAGCACGCCAAGGGGACUGGCGGCGAGUCCGCCUAA